AUGACACGUCCAAUCUACUUCCAGCACAUCGUCAACGCUCUGGAACAGCUCUUCCCCCCGCCCGAGGGAUAUAUCUACAAGCGCGGCUGGACCAUCAACCCCCUGACUCAGGCAGAGAACCUGACCCUCAACGAGUAUCGGAUCGUGGGGGAGAUGGCGGCCAUUCACCAAAUUCUGAGUGAGUUUAAGGUCCUGUGUCCGAAGAAUAUUUUUUGGGUGGCGCCGCCUGGAGCGUCGCCGGCGUCGGAGCCUGAGCUGCAAGUUUUUGAAAAAAUCCCUUGGUUCUGGUCUUAG